AUGAACCGACAAAGACGAUCUCACCAUGCCAGCGAUCAGUACAAUACCGAGCUAAAUAACCACCAACUUGACCAUCAUCCAGAUGUUACCACCUUCCAAGGUCAAUGCAUCGAUGCCAUUCCGACCGCUUCCUCCAUCCAGCAUCCGUGGGUUCUUCGCGAGGUCACCCCAGCAACUCAUCGCAAAUUUUACAUCGUCAAACAGUCCAAAGGAUGCUGCGGCCUCAUCAAUGCUUGUUGUUGCGGCGCCUUUGAUGACGAAGGCGCCUGUGGGUUGUGCAACGUGCACGGCUGCUGCAACCGUGAACGCAAAAUACUGAAGCGUAUAGGCGUGACUGAGGAUGCCAUGAAAAUCCGUCCUCGCAAGAGUGGAUGCUGCUGCUGCUGUUGCGGCCCAAAAUGA